AGGAGGGAGCUUGUUUCAGUUUGAGCCUGCAGUAAUCGCUCAUCCAGGAGCCUGUUCCACUCAGGGAUUUUUGGAUUUUUCAGGCUGGAUGCUGUAGCUGGAGGUUUGGGCUCCCUGACUCCCCUCGUCCAUUUCGGUGUUUGAGGACCUGCAUGUCUGGCAUCCAGACAUGGGCCCCUCGUUGCGCUCUAGGAUUACUUUGUGCCUGGCCAUCACCUUGGCUCAGGUGAUCGCUGUGACCUGCCAAGAAGAUACCAAGAAUGACACCUGCACAGAAAAUGGAAAAGUCUACGCCAGGGGUGAGAUGUGGAACCCUGAGCCAUGUCGCAUCUGUGUGUGCGAUAAGGGUAAUGUGCUCUGUGAGGCCGUGGUGUGUGAAGACCUGGGUGGCUGUGAGAAAACUGUGACCCCAGAGGGCGAGUGCUGCCCUGUGUGUUUGACCCCAGCCUCAUCAGCUACUGGUUCAGGCCCUAACAUAGCUGCAGAUGAAGUGAAAGGGGAGAGCUGCACAGUGGAUGACGAGGUCUACCACCACAACGCCAUCUGGAAGCCAGAGCCUUGUCGAGUCUGUGUCUGUGACAACGGCGUGUCCCUUUGUGAUGAAGUGCAGUGUGAAAUCUUGUCCAACUGCGAGAAGGUGGUCACACCUGAGGGGGAGUGUUGCCCCGUGUGUGAAACCUUUGCUAGUGUUGGAGGGAGAAUAGAAAUCAUGGGCUUCAAGGGUCAGAAAGGUGAACCUGGUGAUAUCCCAUAUGUGGUUGGAAUCACUGGGCCUCAAGGACCGCAGGGUCCUCCAGGAUCUCAGGGACCCACUGGACCAAGAGGUUUUAAAGGCAGAAGGGGAUUCGCAGGACCUCCAGGUUUUGAUGGAGAGCCCGGUGUGCCAGGAAAUCCAGGAGAGCCAGGACCCCCGGGUCAAAACGCUGCACCUGGGGGCAACCUUGUGUCACAGAUGGCAUCUGGUUUUAAUGAGAAGUCCAGUUUCGCUGGGAUGGUGUCAGGGACAAGGGGUGAGGCAGGACCACGAGGACUUCCAGGACAGCCUGGACCACCAGGUCCAUCUGGUGGUCAGGGAAUCCCAGGAGAGGCUGGAGAACCAGGACCAAUGGGUGAACCCGGUCACAGAGGACCAGAUGGACCACCGGGAAAACCAGGCCCAGAUGGAGAAUCUGGACCUGCAGGUGCUACAGGAGAGCCAGGAUAUCCAGGAUCUGCGGGUGCAAGAGGUUUUCCAGGUCUUCCAGGGCUUCCAGGACUGAAAGGCCAUAAGGGACAUGGAGGUCUUGUUGGGCCAAGGGGUGAAUCUGGAGCCCCUGGAACCAAGGGUGUUUCAGGUACUCCAGGUGGGAUGGGAGCUCCAGGCCCACAGGGACCAGUGGGAAUGCAGGGAGAAAGAGGCCGAGCUGGACCAACUGGACCAGUGGGUAAACGUGGUACACCUGGACAUGUUGGCAAACCUGGUCCUCUGGGUCCGAUGGGAAUCCCUGGUAUUCCUGGUUUUCCUGGUAACCCAGGAAUGAAGGGUGAAGCUGGACCCACAGGGGUGAGGGGCACUGCAGGACCACAGGGACCCCGGGGAGAUCCUGGUCACGUGGGACCUCCAGGGCCAAUGGGAAAAGAGGGUGCACCAGGUGUUGAUGGAGCUCCAGGAGCCCGUGGUCAAGCAGGUUUAGGAGGUGUCCAGGGACCAGCAGGAUUGUUGGGCCCACCUGGUCCUCCCGGUCCCCAGGGAUCCACAGGAGCAGUCGGAGCCAAAGGCCAAGUGGGUGAUGGUGGCGUUCCUGGAUUUAAAGGAGAAGCUGGCCUCAAGGGAGAAAGAGGGGACCACGGUGCUCAGGGUCCACUGGGUCCAAUGGGAGAGGAUGGAAAACGUGGACCGAGAGGUGAUGCUGGGUCCAUUGGGCCUCCAGGACCUCCAGGAGAGUCAGGCGCUCCAGGAAACAGAGGUUUCCCCGGUGCAGAUGGUUUACCAGGCCAAAAGGGCGCCCAGGGUGAACGUGGGCUGCAAGGGUCACCUGGUGCCAAGGGUGCAGAUGGAGAUCCAGGACGCAACGGGGAGCCAGGUUUAACAGGAGCUCGGGGUCUGACAGGACUUAUUGGAGCCCAGGGAGCAGAGGGAAAGCAAGGACCUCUGGGCUCAGGUGGAGAUGAUGGGAAACCAGGACCUGCUGGUUCCACUGGAAACAGAGGUGGAGUUGGACAGAUGGGCCUGCCAGGACCAAAAGGACCUGCUGGUGAUGCUGGUAAGAUUGGAGAGGCUGGCAGCGCUGGGGCUCCAGGUCCAAGGGGACUGAAUGGAAAAGAUGGAGAAGCAGGAGCUGCUGGUCCCACUGGCCCCGCCGGUCUCGCAGGAAAGAGAGGAGAGCAGGGACCUCAGGGACUGAAUGGUUUCCAGGGUUUGCCUGGACUGCCAGGACCCCCCGGAGAGUCAGGAAAACCAGGUGAUGAGGGUCUUGCUGGAGAAGCCGGUACUGUAGGUCCAACAGGUGUGAGGGGAGAAAGGGGCCCUCCAGGAGAGAGAGGUGAAAUUGGACCUAAUGGACUGCAGGGACCAAAAGGAAGUCCAGGAGCACCAGGACCAGAUGGGCCAAAGGGUAAUCCUGGGCCAAAGGGUGGUGUCGGAGAACCAGGAGCUCAAGGUCUUAUGGGAAUGCCAGGGGAGAGGGGCAUCUCAGGACCUUCUGGUCCAAAGGGAGAUGCAGGAUCUGUUGGUGAGAAAGGACCUGAAGGCAAAGCUGGGUCUGAUGGUUUGAGGGGACUUGCUGGUCCUGUUGGACCUCCUGGCUCAGGUGGACCCAAUGGUGAGAAGGGUGAAACGGGCCCACCAGGACCUGCAGGUCGACGGGGGUCAAGAGGAAUUGCUGGUUCUACUGGUGAGCCUGGUCCAACUGGUGCUGCUGGAUUCCCUGGACCUUCUGGUCCUGAUGGCCAGCCUGGUGUCAAAGGUGAAACAGGGGAACCAGGCCAGAAAGGAGAAUCAGGAGCACCUGGACCACAGGGGAUGGCAGGGAAACCAGGAGAACAAGGUCCUGUUGGUGUGACAGGAUUGAAAGGUGGAAGAGGAACACAGGGUCAAGCAGGAUCUCCUGGAUUUCCUGGGUUGCCUGGAGGAAUUGGACCAGCUGGCUCUCUUGGACUUGUCGGUGCAGAUGGACCCAUAGGGGCCCCAGGAAAGCAGGGUCCAGCUGGCAUCCGAGGAGAGAAUGGAGCCCAAGGGCGUCAAGGAGAGAGAGGAUCUCGAGGUGCACCUGGUAGCGCUGGAGAGAAAGGAGACUCUGGAGAAGAUGGACCUCCGGGUCCUGAUGGGCCCCCAGGCCCUGCUGGUGCAUCAGGACAACGAGGUGUUGUGGGUCAGCCUGGAGUCAGAGGAGAGAGAGGCAUGAUGGGACUGCCAGGGCCUGCUGGUCCACCAGGAAAAGCAGGAACACCUGGAACUCGGGGCUCCAAGGGGCCUGCAGGAGGUGUUGGUUUACCAGGAGCAACUGGGCCAAGAGGAGACGCUGGUCCUGAGGGUAUUGCUGGAGCAGAGGGGUCUCCUGGUAAGGAUGGACUCGUAGGACAGAGGGGAGACAAGGGUAACGCUGGUCCAGAGGGUAUGGCUGGUGCUGCAGGGUCUCCAGGGACUGAGGGCCCCGUGGGACUGACAGGAAGUCCAGGACUAAGAGGCGAGAAUGGUGGCAGAGGAGCACCUGGACCCCCAGGACAACCGGGAGUUAGAGGGAAAGUGGGACCUCAAGGACCACAGGGAGAAAAGGGAACAGCUGGAGAAGCAGGAGAAAGGGGUCAGAAAGGACACAGAGGAUUCACUGGGCUUCAUGGUUUACCUGGAAUAACUGGCGCCACAGGAGACGCAGGACCUACAGGCAUUGUUGGACCAGCUGGGCAAAGGGGUCCUCCAGGUCCAGUGGGUCCUUCUGGAAAAGAAGGAAAUAUCGGGCAGCCUGGACCUAUGGGUGCUCCUGGCAGCAGGGGAUCCAGCGGAGACACUGGGUUACCGGGUCCAGCUGGUGAACCUGGACCACCAGGACCACCAGGACCACCCGGCCCCCCUACCGCAGCAGUUGAUGACCUCUUCGUCGCCCCGGGUGACUAUGAUGGAAACGGUGAUGUCCCAGAGGCUGUGGAAUUUCUCGAGGACGAUGUAGCAGCCGACCCUCCUCCUCCACUUCCCGAGUUCAACAAAGACGAGGCUCUGCCCAAUAGGAGUCCUCUGAUCAGACGCACAGACACCGGCAUCCACGCCACCCUGAAGACCCUCAGUGGGCAUCUGCAGAACCUCCGCAGCCCAGAUGGCAGCAAGAUGAACCCUGCCAAAACGUGCCAGGACAUUAAACAGUGCUACCCACAGAAACAGAGCGGAGAAUACUGGAUCGAUCCAAACCAAGGAAGUGCAAAGGAUGCCAUCAAAGUCUUCUGUAAUAUGGAAACUGGUGAAACCUGCAUCUCUGCUAAUCCUGCCAUCAUUCCCCGCAAAGCAUGGUGGACAAAAUCCACUCCCAAUGCCAACAAGCUCAUCUGGUUUGGAGCCAACAUAAACAAUGGAGCUAGAUUCCUCUAUGGAAAUAAAGAUGAGCAGCCGAAUGUGGUGGCGGUUCAGCUGAAGCUGCUGCAGCUUCUGUCCAAAGAGGCGCACCAGAACAUCACCUACCACUGCAGGAACAGUGUGGCUUAUAAAGACGGGAAGAGCAACAACAUGAAGAAGGCCAUGGUGCUCAAAGGCUCCAACGGCCAGGAACUGAGGGCACAAGGCAACACCCGCCUCCGGUACAGCGUCAUCGAGGACGGCUGCGCGAAAUCCAACGGAGCGUGGGCCCAGACAGUGAUCGAGUACAGGACUCAGACUUCGGUGAGGCUGCCCAUCGUGGACUUGGCGCCCAUGGACAUUGGAAAGGCUGACCAGGAGUUUGGCCUGGACAUUGGACCUGUCUGCUUCUCAUAAACCAAACUCAAACACAAGAUGGACAGAAACAGAGGAGCAACAACCAGUCAUCUCCACAGUAAAACAAUAUGGAUUAAGGCCACCUCCUCUUUCUGAGUGUGUGACUCGUACAGUGAAGGUUAGAUAUUUGGUUGCGUCCACAUGUCUGAAGCUGUAGACGCAGCGUCUGCGCUGUGGUGUGUACGAGAACCACAGGACUGGUAAGGCAUAAUUUAUUCACCUAGUCGAUCAGUUUUCAACCUACGGGAAAUGGAUGUGGAUGGUGCAAUGUACUAUGUAAAAGCCUGGAGGGAAUUUAAAACCCAAAUAAAUACUAAGUGACGUUACGCAGCAACACAGAAUUUUAAGGGAAAUGAAACUUGCUGUUGUUUUUUUAGUAAUUUUUUAUUUUUACAUCAAGAGGCCAAGAUGGGGCAAAAGUAUGGCAAUAACUGUAGUUAAUAAUUUUAAUGGAAUAAAAAAAAAAAAUCAUGCUUGAACCUAAAUUAUUAAGUUCUUUGCAAGAACUCAUUUACUCUUUCAGCAUAAAACGUCAAGUGUAAAUGCAACGUAUGACUGUAAAUUUGCUAAUUAUGUGUUUAUUGUUGACUAUGGAUGUGGAAUAAAUAUCUGUCUUUGGAACGACUGUGCUGUUUCCACAAGGAGAAGCAAGAUAUGUUCAAUAAAAACUCAGCCCCACUCA